GUCCGUCAUUACUACAAGCUUCCUUCAGCUUCAAACAAUCGUUCAGUAACCACUCACAAAAUAUCCGAAGAUGCAGCACAUCGGAAGCCUCCUUUUGGCCUUUGCCACCCUCACUGCGGCAGUCCCAGGACUUGCUCCGGCUAGCGUGAGGUCUGCUAAGUCUUCUCACGUUCGCCGCGCGGACACCAGCUCUUUCCAAAUCUAUGCUUAUGGAACUGGAAUUGGUGGCCUGGCAUUGUUCACCGCUGGAGGCGAUGCCUACUUUGGAGACUACACUCAGUUCAACGACUCCAAUGCCGCCCCGGUGAUCUUCACCCCUGAUGAAGAUGAUACUGAGACAUGGCUUGGAGCGCCUAACACCACCGCUGUUACUACUGCUCCCACCUGGUCAAACCUGACUUUCACCAUCCCGACCGCCGACUCCGGCGUGCACAAUGUUGCUUUCCUCAACAGCAGCGCGUCCACAACCGGCCGCAAGACCAGCGGCUUCAGCUUUUACGGCAACUUUGUCCUGGUCGAGGCCGAGGAUGGUAGCUUUGAGUCUUGGUGGUAUGCUACCGCCACUGACAUCGAUGGCAUCUACAACCUGAGGUGGAACGAGACCGGCGAUGACACCGAUGACAAGAUCAUCUUGAACCUGAGAAGGACUGCUCCUUCCAACUAA